UCUUGCAGGUGGCCGGUUAAUAGGGAACACAAUGAAAGAAGCAGAAAUAAGGAGGCUCUUGGCUGCCAACCUCCUCUGUGUUUUUUCAAUUAUUCUGACAGCGGUUGUUCCGGCUUUCUUCUGGGAUGGAUUCACGGUUUUGGGAACACACUUUGUGUGGCUGUGUAUUUGUUCUGUAUGUGUUAGUACCCUUAAUAUAAUCUUGCACUUAGUCUUUAAACCAAAUCUGUCUCCUAAGAGAAGUUCGUUUGCUCACAAGAUAUCCAGAUUUCUAAAAUGCUGUAUAUACUUUUUCAUGUCUUGCAUACUAUUUCAUGUGAUUACUGUUCUUUACGGAGCACCUCUCAUAGAGUCAGUGACUGAGACAUUUUUGUUUGCAGUUCUCCUGUCUACCUUUACUACUUUACAAUGCUUGUGUGUGCUGGGACCAAACGUACAAGCGUGGAUAAGGGUAUUUAGUAAAAAUGGAGCUAUGUCCAUCUGGGAAAGCAGUCUACAGAUUACUACCAUGUGCAGUAUACUUGGAGCUUGGUUUGGAGCAUUUCCUAUUCCUCUUGAUUGGGAUCGGCCUUGGCAGGUAUGGCCCAUUUCGUGUUCCCUCGGAGCUACCUUUGGCUAUAUGGCUGGUCUGAUUAUUGCACCUCUGUGGAUACACUGGAACCGGAAGCAGCUUACAUACAAAAGCAGAUAACUGG